AUGCGUUCCGCCUACGCUGCCGUUUCUUUGGCUCUUGCCUGGCGCGCUGCCGCCACCACCAAGGACUCCUGGGCCUUCGGCAACGGAUUCUACUCCGGUCCCGCAACCAACGCCCACAUCACCAAGGCGACCUGGUCUCUUGUGCCUCCGACUGUUCCUCAGGGUGUUGAGGUCCAGGACCCCAGCGACCAAGUCUGGGUAUCUCUUUGGAUCGGUCUUCAACAUACCAACGGUGACGACAGCUCCUACCUGUACCAGCCUUUGCUGAACUGGUCUCCUGACCAAGAGUCUCAGGGAUGUCCUGCUACGGCUGAGGAGUGGUGUGUUGCUGCUAGCACUUAUACUCCUAAUGGCCAGAACGGCCAGGCAUAUGUUACUAUUCCUAGCGGCACCCAGGUUGAUUUUGAGGUCGCCGUCGAGAACAACAAGGUCUACCAGACCGUCACCAUGGGCGGCAAGGUCGUCUCCCAGGAAACUGACGAACUCGAUGCCGAGCUCCUCUACCUUUACUCUGGUGACGAAUGCUAUACCGGCUCUGGCAACUGCGGCACUCUUGAGGCCUACAGCUGGAACAACAUCACUAUCCACCUCAGCGCCGAAGAUGAGAAGUUUGGUGACACUCUCUUCCUGUACAAAGGGUCUAACUCCAGCGGUUUCACUACCUCCGACGGUGGUAAAACCUGGCACGCUGAGUCUAUCAACAUUGAGCAGGAUUCUUGGACUGGUGCCUAG